AUGCAGCUGGAUAGCGUCACCAACGCGGGCGUCCACACCUACCAGGGGCACCGCAGCGUGGCCAAUAAGCCUAACGUGAUCCUGCAGAUAGGGAAGUGUAGGACAGAGAUGCUGGAACAUGUCAGGAGGACCCACCGGCAUCUCCUGACGGAGGUGUCCAAGCAGGUGGAGCGGGAGCUGAAAGGCUUGCAGAAAUCGGUGGGGAAGUUAGAGAACAACUUGGAGGACCACGUCCCCACUGACAACCAGAGGUGGAAGAAGUCCAUCAAGGCCUGCCUGGCCAGGUGCCAGGAGACCAUUGCUCACUUGGAAAGGUGGGUUAAGAGGGAGAUGAAUGUCUGGAAGGAGGUAUUCUUCCGCCUAGAGCGAUGGGCAGACCGGCUGGAGUCCAUGGGGGGCAAAUACUGCCCCACGGACAGUGCUAGGCAGACCGUGUCCGUCGGGGUGGGUGGCCCAGAAAUCAGACCCAGUGAAGGGGAGAUCUAUGAUUAUGCCCUGGACAUGAGCCAGAUGUAUGCACUGACUCCUUCUCCAGGAGAGUUGCCCAGUGUCCCCCAGCCCCAUGACUCCUACCAAUGGGUCACAUCCCCGGAGGAUGCUCCAGCCUCUCCAGUGGAGACCCAGGUCUUCGAGGACCCUAGGGAGUUCCUCUGCCACUUGGAGGAGUACUUGAAGCAGGUGGGUGGGACCGAGGAGUACUGGCUCUCCCAGAUCCAGAACCACAUGAAUGGCCCGGCUAAAAAGUGGUGGGAAUACAAGCAGGACACGGUCAAGAACUGGGUGGAGUUCAAGAAAGAGUUUUUGCAGUACAGCGAGGGGACCCUGACCAGGGACGCCAUCAAACGGGAACUGGACCUGCCCCAGAAAGACGGGGAGCCCCUGGACCAGUUCCUGUGGCGUAAGAGAGACCUGUACCAGACCCUCUACAUCGAUGCCGAUGAGGAGCAGAUCAUCCAGUACGUGGUAGGCACCCUGCAGCCCAAACUCAAGCGCUUCCUGAGUUACCCCUUGCCCAAGACCUUAGAGCAGCUGAUCCAAAAGGGGAAGGAAGUGCAAGGCAGCCUAGACCAUUCGGAGGAACCCAGCCCGCAGCGAGCCUCCGAGGCUCGGACCGGGGACUCGGUGGAGACCCUGCCCCCCUCCACCACAACCAGCCCCAAUACCAGCAGCGGGACACAACCCGAGGCCCCCAGCCCCCCGGCCACCGUGAUAUGA